CAAGGGCUUGGAAUUCCAACAUGGCAGAGGCAGUGGUCAGUCUCGCUCGCAGCAACUUGGAAUGCUCUCCGAUGCCGAGCCGCGGCUGGGGCAGCCUCUAAAGCCCCGCGACGGCUACCAGACCUCCGCACUCGGAUCGAUGUUCGAAUAAAAGCCCGCAGCUGCCCUGUCACCUACACAGUUGUGAAAGGAGAUCUAGUGUGGCUGCAAUGAGAAGCAACCCGUUGGAAUUCCACCUGGUGAACAUUGCGAAUCUGCUGUCUACAUCCUCUCGUUUCCAGGCGUGAAGACAUGAUUACUAGCACCAGCUUUUAUGGUCUAAAGAUGCAGUGGACCCCAGAGCACACACAAUGGGCAGAACAACACUUUGACAUCUCAUCCACUACCCGCUCUCCAGCGCACAAAGUAGAGGCCUACCGGGGACACUUACAGCGAACGUACCAGUAUGCGUGGGCAAACGAUGAUAUCUCUGCGCUGACUGCCUCCAACCUACUUAAGAAGUAUGCUGAGAAGUACUCUGGGAUCCUCGAAGGCCCGAACGAAAGAGCCCUUCUCUGUUCCUACUCUGAAGGCGCCACCGGACUCCUGAAUGGACGCAAGUCGGAGAAUGAGCCCUGGCAGGAGGGGAUUUACCCGAUGAACUGUGCUCCAGAUGUUAUAUCUGUGAGCAAAGCUGGAAUGACAGCUGCCCUACCCCCUACAGAUGCGUCAGCUAGCAUAGGCAGCUCCCCGGGGGUGCCGAGCAGCUUGUCUGAGCCCAGCUAUUCCAGCAGCAACUGCGGGAGCCACACGGCCACGACUCUCCACUCGAGCCUUUCCUCUCAGGAAUACAGCGCCGGCUACAACGGCUCAUACCUGCAUUCUAGCUACAGCGGCCAGACCACCCCGGCCCUCCCUUCUCCGCAUCCCUCUCCUUUGCACAGCGCCGGGCUCUUACAGCCUCCACCACCCCCUCCUCCUCCCACCUUAGUACCGAGCUACAAUGGCGCCUCGCCAAACCUCCCCAACUACAAUUAUCCGCCAACAGGGUAUCCCUCUCAAACGGCUGUCGGCCCCGGUUAUAGCCCCGGGGGAGCGCCCCCUCCUUCUGCUUAUCUGCCGUCCGGUAUCGCGGCGCCCACUCCCAUCCCUCCCUCUACUCUGCCCGGCUACACGUACCAGUCCCACAAUCACACGCCGAUUGCCCCGGCACCUCUGAACGGCAGCACAUCCAACUCGUUAAAAAGAAAGGCUUUCUACAUGAGUGGACACGGAGAAGUGGAUUCUAGCUACAGCGAUUUCAACUACAACCAACAGCGCUCUUCUCAAAGUCCCAUGUAUAGACUAGCAGACAGCAGUGUUUCAGACUCCACCAGGGGCAAUGGCUUUGACAGAAAUGCUGAGGCAUCUUCUUUGGCAUUUAAAACAACCAAACAGACAAUAUCCUCUGAUCAGCAAAGAAAAUUUAGCAUACACUCCAGCGGAGCGCUAACUCCCCCGUCUUUUGGAUCAUCCAAAAGCUCUGUGGACGACCUCCGAGCCGGGGACACCUAUGGCAAAUUCGGAUCCCCAAUAUUAAGCGAACAAAGCGAAGAGCACAGACAGCACCUGCCUCAUUCCCUAACGGGGCCCGAUGUCGGCACGCCUACCUCGUCCAUCCUCGCUGCAGAGGAGCAACUAAAGAACAGCGAUCCCAACCUGGUGGACAUGGUGACAGCAGAAAUCCUUCAGCAGUGCCCUCCGGUGGAUUGGAGUGACAUCGCCGGACUAGAUAUGGCCAAAGCGGCUGUCAAGGAGGAGAUACUAUGGCCUAUUUUAAGGCCAGAUAUGUUUAGCGGACUGCACGCAUUACCUCGUAACCUUCUUUUAUUCGGACCUCAGGGAACGGGCAGAACGCUGAUGGCUCGCUGCAUGGCUAGCCAACUGGGGGCCGCCUUCUUGCGACUUAGCAGCUCUGCACUUGUUACCAAGUGGUUGGUCGAAGGGGAAAAAAUUAUCCAGGCUUCUUUCCUGGUGGCUCGGUGUCGCCAACCGGCGGUGGUUUUCAUUAGCGAGGUGGACCUCCUCCUGUCGGCCCAACUCAGCGAGGACAGCCCAGUGAGUCGAUUGAAGGCUGAACUGCUCAUGCAGCUCGAUAGUAUUUUGUCCUCUGCAGAGGAUCACGUUCUCGUCGUCUGCUCCACUAGUAAACCCGAAGAGAUCCCAGAGUCCCUAAGGAGGUACUUUACCAAGCGAUUGCUCAUCCCCUUACCCGACGGGACUGCGCGACACCAGAUAAUCAGCCAAGUACUCUCACAGCACAACUACUGUCUUAGUGACAAGGAGAUGUCUUUACUGGUUCAAAGGACAGAAGGUUUUUCAGGACUGGACGUGGUUCAGCUUUGUCAAGAGGCCGUGGUGUGCGCUCUCCAAGGCGUUCCCGGCUCUGACUUGUCCAGUAUCCACCCCAGACAAAUGAGACCGGUGUCUUUUCAAGACUUUGACAAUGUGUUUUGUAAAUUCCAGCCCAGCAUAUCACAAAAAGAACUUGACACUUACACUGAAUGGAAUAAAAUGUUUGGAUGCAGUCAAUGAAAUUGAUGAGACACUUCCAACAUGAUUCCCUAAAAGUGUUUGGGUGGUCAUGUAAUCAUGCACUGGGCUGGAAGAAUCACUUACAUGAAGACUCUUGAUGUGGUGGAGGGUUUGGCAUUGAGUGUUUUAGAUGUAAAAUGACCAACCCGUAAUUUGAUAAAUUGGCACAUGGCUGGAGUUAUGUGCUCACUAAAAGACUUGUAAAGGAUCCUCACUCACUCGCCCGUCCUCGUUUUUGUAUAUACUUACAUAUAUAUGACUAUACUAUACUGCUGAUUUUGAGAUUUAGUUGCUAUCAAGUGCCUGAGGUGGUGCUGUUUAAGUUUUCUUUUUUUUUUUUUUGGCUCACAAUCUUCAUUGGUGACAUGUGCUAAUAGUGUGUUAAAAAAAAAGCUUUAAAAUGAGACAAAAAACCUGUUUCUCUUUUCCAUUAGAACAGCUGUGUCUGUUGUGUGCUCUUUGUGAACAGUUAUUUUCAGCUAAAUUAAAUUUUAUGGGCAUAAUUUCAGCUUCAUUUUCUGGCAUAUUUUGUAUGUGUAAAUGAUUUGAUUACAGGAGAAAAAACAAAAACAUUUACAUACUCAUACUUUGCAUACUCUGGUUCAGUAAGAGCCAAGCAAGGUGAUAUUUUUUCGCUCCUCCGAUGUAGAUAGGACUUAAAGGGUGAAGAUUAUUUUACAAUGUGGCUUGACUCAAACCAAUAAAUUACUAUGUAGUUGUUGUUAGUUGUAAUUCACAGUGUUUGACAUACAUGUAAAAUUACACCAUCUAGUUUUCUUUCUUUUGAAUACUCAGGAAAGUGAUUAUGGUACAGUAAUCAAAUACAGUUCAGCCUGAAAUUAUUCAUAUCCUUUGCAAUUAACCGUUUAAAGACACUCAUUUAACUCAUUGGCUGCACUUGACGAUGCAAGACGUCCAAUCCAUUUUGACUGGGAGGGUCUGGUAGCUAAUAUCAGCUGCUGAAACUUAUAAUCAAAAUGGAUUAGACAUCUAGAACCUUCAAUAACAUUGAAACAUGAGCAUCCACAGGUCCCCAGGUUCCAAGCUAAAGAAUUGGACGUCUGUCGAUGUCAAUGGGACCAAAAGGAUUGUUUAUAAUUAGGGCUGUCAAACGAUUAAAAUUUUUAAUGGCGUUAAUUACAGCUUAAAAAUUAAUUAAUCACAAUUAAUCACAAUUCAAACCAUCUAUAAAAUAUGCCAUAUUUUUCUGUAAAUGAUUGUUGGAAUGGAAAGAUAAGACACAAGAUGGAUAUAUACUUUCAACAUACGGUACAUAAGGACUGUAUUUGUUUAUUAUAACAAUAAAUCAACAAGAUGGCAUUAACAUUAUUAACAUUCUGUUAAAGCGAUCCAUGGCUACAAAGACUUGUAGUUCUUAAAAGAUAAAUGUUAGUACAAGUUAUAGAAAUUUUAUAUUAAAACCCCUCUUAAUGUCUUCGUUUUCAUAAAAUUUGUAAAAAUUUUCAAUAAAAAAAUUAACUAGUAGCCCGCCAUUGUUGAGGUCAAUAAUUACUUACAUAAUGCUCAUGGCUGCUGAAGCCUAUAAAAUCAGUCGAACCCAAGCGCCAGCAGAGGGCGGCAAAACUCCAUAAAACACAAUUUCACUGUACUGUCAUUUAAAUCUGUCUGAGCAGGGCAUGUGCGUUAAUUGCGUCAAAUAUUUUAACGUGAUUAAUUUAAAAAAUGAAUUACCGCCCGUUAACGCGAUAAUUUUGACAGCCCUAUAUAUAAUAUUACUGAGGGUAAUAAUCAGAGUAUAUUUUAGUUUUUUUUUUUUUUUUUUUGCUAGUAUUUUAUAGUCCAAUAAUGUGCUAGUCUUUUCAUAAUUCACUAACGACAUUACAUGAUGGCUUGUUAAAAAAGUAUGUCAAAAUAUUCAAAUGAUAUAAGUCCAUAGUGAAAAAAAGGUUGAGCACACGAUAAUUUUUGCUAGAAUUACUUGGACUUUUAGGACUUUUAGGACGAUUUAUAGAAGAAAGAUGCAGGGGCGUUGGAAGUCACUCACAGCAGGGGGUGCUGGGGAUCUUAUUUUGUUUUUCCCAUCCAAAAACAGCCAUUUCUUUCCAAAUUUGUCAUGCUCGCACUUUUUCUCCAUAAAAGGUGUGCACAAUGGCAGUACACACACAUCCUGGACAGUUUACGCACCGCUAGAACGUUGUAUUUCUCCUACAGUGUGUGUUGGCGUUUUCUAUUGGAAAUAAAAGUGCCUGUGUAUUGUAAAGCAAAUCCCAGCAUUUAUACGGCGCAAUGACACAUAAAUCUGGGCACUAUUAUAAACUAACAUAAUAAUCUUCAUUUUUGACAUCAAAUAGAUUUUUUUUUAAAUUUCGCUAUUUUUGUAAAGAAAAAAAAUAAUUCGUUUUUGCGCCAUGUUAACGCUUCCUCUGUCAACAGUUAACUUUUCCGUUCCAAUAGCACCUUAUCCAGCGUGACGUGGUAGCAAGCAAGGUGUCAGGAGCUGACCAUGUUAUUAACAACAACAAAAAACAACAUUUUCAACAUGUAUAUUUAAUCCCCAAAAAUAAAUACGCUAUUGUUUCAGAGUCUACCACAACUUUUUUUUCUCCCUAACACCAGAAAGUACGUAACGUACUUCCGGCGCCACUGAAAAGAUGUGCAUAUUAUGCAAUUUAAAAAAUAUUUUUAAUACUUUUUAUAACAAUUUUAAUGUCUUGAAAUGGUACAUCAACUUCAGAUCGUUCAAGUUUUUAAUUGUUUUUCUUAUUAAUAUUUCUAAAAUCCUAAAAAUACUAAAGUCCUUUCAAAUAAAAAAAAAAAAAAACAGAUGGGAGGGGACAAAUAUUGCUUUAUGAUUAAAAUGCAGUCCUUCAAGAUUAAAUAAACAAAAAGCAUCAAAUUAAUUAGAAUAAUGUUUUUAAUUGCGUCCUACCUUGUUUGGAUUCAUUUUAAUUUAUUUUUUUAAUGAACAUCUUAUUAUCAUUUUAUUUAUUCAUAGAAAAUUUUAUAAAAUAAUAAUAAUUAAUAAUAACGUAGUUAUAACUACGAUUUGGCGUCCACAUACGCGGACGUCACAUUUUGGCUGGUCACACUUGCAUACUAAAUGUUAUUAUUGUGGCCAACAUGACCAAAAUGUGAUAUCCAAGUAUGUGGACAGCAGGUCUUUAUGGGUUAAGUUGACAGACAGGUUUGCAGUAACAUUAGGCUUUGUGGAAGAAAUAUCUCUAUGAAGCUUCAAGGCAAAAAAUUUUAUUCAACUUUUUUAGUAAUCAAAUCAAUCCAUUAUUUGAUUGAUCGUGUUAGCCCGAGACUAUUAUAGAUACGGUUAAUGUCAAACAUCUAAAUUAUGUAGGUUGUUCAAAGAAUAUAUUUGAGAGGAAAAAAUGGUGAUGAGCUAACUGCAAUGGUUCAUGUUUAAGAUAUCGAGUCAACACAUUAAUACCACAUUUGUCAAGGGUAUGAAUCAAUUUGGGCUUAACUGUACAUUUCCAACACACCACACCACAAGAAGACUUACAUCUGAAAUUGUGUCAAACAACCAUAUACGGCUAUAAUACCUCAGCGAGUGAGAAAUAAGAUGGUUUCUACAAUGAAUGUAUAUAUUUAAUUCUGAUUUAUUUGCUAGACAAAUAGUAAUCUGCUUUUUGUUGUUUCCUUGAAAUGGAACAUUGUAUUAUGAUUAGAGAUUUGCCUUUGAAGAGAAUGGUACCGUUAUUUAUCUUGAAUUGUUGCCUCUGGCUAAUUCCGUCGUUAUUUUCAAGGCGCUAUCACACGGAAAAUCAUACACGGUGAUUCUGCUCUUUGAGUUGCCCCUUUUGGAGGCUCAGCUGUACAUCUCGCCAUGAGAGUGGUGUAGAAUUUAAAAAAAGGUGCAGACAAACAUCUUGGGGUUGAACAAGAAAAACUGCCUGGAGCCAUUUCAUUCCAUCCUGCUGCUGUUUUAUCAUUAAUGAAAGCGAAGGAUUAUGUAUCUCCUAAGUUGCUUUUCUACCUCAGUUUGUUAGUUUUCUCUGAAAGGCAAAUAAGUGACGAUGGCAAGUAUUCAAAGAACGCCAGUGUUUUAUUUUAUGUUUUGGUAUGUGCUUACAGUGGCUAUGAAAAAGUUUACACACCCCUGUUGGAAUGGCAGGUUUUGUUAUAAAACAGUACAGAAUACUAGUAGAUUGCAAAAUGUGAUUAGCAAUAUUGCGUCUGUUCCAAACUCUUUUUUUUUUUUUUAAUUGUGGCUUAAAUGUUAAAUUUCACUAGAACUCAUUGGCUGCCAUAGACGUGAAAUCCAUUUGAAUUGGCACGACCACCACCAGCCCGGCAAUGUCAAACAGACCAUGAUAUAUUUUAUGCUAAUUUAAGCAAUUAAAUUGAGUUGUACAAGCAUUAACGUUGGUCAGAAACCUUUGUUCGAAUAGGGUUGUGGAGACUUUUUUUAAAACCACAUUUUACAAUUUGACAACUCACAUAAUACACAAAAAGGGGAAUACCACUGAUGAUGUUUGCUUUAAUAUAUCACCACUUAUCACAAUGUAGAUUUAUUUCCACAUUUAACAGCUGAGUUACUUUGAAAGGAAAAAAAAAAGCAUAAUGUUUAUGGAAGACGUGCUGUGACACUGUCUCAGUCUAUAACUGUAACAUCCAUGAGUUGAGUGGCACUCCUUUGACUUGAGGGCAGGUGGCAAGAUGUGACAAAGUGUUAUUUUUAGACGUUUAUUUAUACCUGUGUGUUGUCAUUAAUCGGUACAAUAAUCCAAACAACGUUUUUGGCGGUAAAAGAAAGAGCACAUCUGACAAGUGAGUUUGGCACAUUUUGAAUGUAUGAUGUCCUCUGGCCUGAAUCAACACCAAACACUCGCACAGUGAUUGAAAGAAGAAAAAAAAAGGCACUGAAGUAGAUAGCACUGUUGUUCUGUUGCACUAAACUUGUUUUCAAAGUGGUUUUGUUUUGUCUUACUAUUUACAGUCAACAUUUGAUUAUCAUUUUAUAGCUCCACUCACAUGCACAAAUGAGAUUCAACACAAGAGCUGUUUUGAAGGAAACUGUCUGUUGACUAAAAAAGCGUGUUAAAUCCUUGAAAGGUUAUUACAGGACUUGUAUUGGAUCUUAUAGCAUAAAAGAUGUAAGAAGCUACAAAGAUUGCGAUAAACUGUGUCGUUUCACCGUGCAUUGUGUAGGCUACUUAAGAAACAUUCUCAUGAAAUGCACACAGUAGUCCAGAUGGUGUUUCGUCUCUCUGCCCUCUGAGAUCAACCUGGAAAUUGAAGGAAUUGUUUUUGUUUGGAUUUUGUUUCAUUCACCUGAGUAGAAUGUAUAUUAGUAUGUGUAUUCGCUGCUGUUGUUUCCUCAUUACUCAUAUUUUAACGGGAAUCUUUCCAAAGGUGCUUGUGUUUUCUGUUCCAUAAUCUCUUAAUAUGUAUACAUUUUUCAUAAAAGGACUGGAGAAUCAUAAGUGGAAUUUUAAUGUUUUACUACCAAAUAGUGUAACUACUAAGGAUGAUCAGAGCCAUCAUUGCAAACGAAAAAAAAGACAAUUUGAAAACUCACAAAAUUGCAUAACUGUUAAUGGCAUGUUUUACUUCAAAACAUCCGAAACGGUCCUCAUUUUACUACAAGCAUUGUUUAAUUUUACUUCAGAUAUACAAAAAGAUAUACAACGAUCCCGCGCUACUUUGCGCUUCAAACUUCGCACCCUCAAUCCAUAGCGGAUUUAUUUCCAAUUAAAAUAAAAUACAGAUGAGCUGUCCCGAGCCGAUCGCUUAGGGGCCGUUUACAUGGUGACACUCCGAGAAGACGAAAAAUUUCAUGUUUGCAUUUAUAUGGUUCCGUCUCCAUUCGAACAGUGUUGCAAUUCCGCAUGAAACCGAUGUAGUAUUCAUGCCAGGCCCUAGGGGGCAGUGCAGUUUUACAAGGCGAAAGCGAAUGGUGCACUUUGAUCUCCUCAGCCUGGAAGACAACAUGCCCGUCAACUCCAGUCAAUGGCAUUUUCUUUUGUUCAAAAAGGCACAAAAAUGGAAACAUUCAACCUAUUUAAAUUUUAAAAAUAUUAUAAAAACAGUAAAUUAAAUCCGACAUUCCGCCAUAUUUGCUGUUUUUAAUGUUUAGUAGCACCGCUGCACACGCCCAAUGUGAUGUGUACGAGUGCUGACGUUAUCGGCGAGGCCCUGCACCGUGGGAGGUUUUUAUAUGCAUGCAGAGCAAGCCUCCCUCAAUCCCCCGCAAUCGAAUUCUUCCACUUUGGAGGCAGGAUUCCAAGGUUUUCGUCUUUGCCUUACGUCUUCGCCGACACCAUACGAACGCGAGGCCACUCCGCAACACUGUCAUUGCGUCUUCGUGUCGCAGAGUCGCCAUGUAAACUGCCCCUUAGUAUCACUUUCUUUGCUCCCCAGGCAGGCAGUGCACAUGCACUGGAGUUGCUUAUUAAAGUUAACGAUGAUUGACAGAUGUUAAGGUUUGAUCUUGUCAGAGAUGCAUGGAAGCCAAAACUUCAAAAGUGCUGCAUGCGUCAAUUAUCGUUUUACUUGUUAAACAUUUGCUGUGGCAACUCGUUGUGUGUAAGUGAGAGGAUUUGAGUAGACUCACUCACUGAAGUGCUGCCUAGGAACAGACAGACUCUGUGUGCGCAUUGCGCAGGUAGGGGGAUAAGGAAGUGCGCGCUGGAAUGAAUGUGCAUUUGUGUGGCGACGUUCAAGGCAGCCGGACGUGUUGUAUGCACGGCAAUAAACGCCACAUGUUAAAAUUGAUCCUGAGAAGUUUGUAAUUUCCACAUGCCACAAGUGUCACAGCCAAGGGAGGUAACAGAAGCAUUUAAUAAAGCCAAACAUUUUUACACUACGGUACAGUACGGUACUUUAUUCUUUUUUAGUGAUAAUUCGGUGGGACAGUAACAUGUUUAAACUUAUCAUAAUUAUUACAUUUGAAGUACUUAAAAAACUAUUUAUUAAAAUAUGUAUGAAUCUUUUUUUUUUUUUUAAUUAUACUUUGGGGGGAAAAAAGUGAAAAAAAAAAACAUUCUUAUAUGUCUUAUAUGUAAUUCUUUUCCAUGCUAAAACUAAAUAAAUACAUUGAACCAAAAAAAUAAAUACAUUAAAAAUGUUUUAAUUAAUUAAUUCUGGUCCCCAUUAACCGCUAAAAGAGGAGGGAUCACUGUACCUAGUAAUUUUUUAAUUUAUCAUAAAAUGACACCUCAUAUAAAAUAUUCCCUGAGUAUGUUUUAUCUUUUUUUGUCUUUCCAAUUUGGCUCUAAUACUCCUUUGUAGUCAAAUUUAAUUGGACAUCAUUGACUAUUUGGAAAAAAGAAAACACCAGUCCAAUGUUAUGAAUAACUGCACUUUUCCUAAUUGAGGCCAAAGUAAAACAGCUUUCUUUUGACUGUGUUAAAAACAGCUGUAGUUCAUGGAGAUAUUUUGAAAUUAACACUUUCAUUUUAUUUUACAUUGUUCAGUUUUGUGUCAUGGUAUUGGCAAUAUUUUGACAGGUUUUAUCAAUUUUUAGAAAAAAAGAAAAAAUGCAUACAAUACAAUCUUUGGUGGGAAAUGCCCGGUUACACAUUGCAGUGCUUUACCAAUCUGUCUUCUUUCCUGGCAAUUUUAAUAUAUUACUUCAAGUUUUAUCUGACAAGAAGGUGACGAGAAGCCCUAAGUGCUUUUGCAAAGCACACGUCACGUGUUUAAGAGCUUAUGAAAAAGGUUCAAGAACAUACAGAGUGAUGUAUGCUUAAAACGAGGGCAGUAAAUCGCAAUGAUCUCAGAACAGGUUUUUUGGAAAAUUAUGAAUAGGUUUUAAAUAUGGCACACGGCUAAGGAGUGGCAUUUGUGCAGGUUUAAUUGUUACCACAUCUCAAAUGAGGACAGAUCAGUCACACAUUUAUUCAAAUGGGGUGUGUGUGGGUUUCACCUGCUGUCAAUGUUAGAAUUAUAAUUUGUCAUUCAUUAUUAAGGGUGACGCGCGGAAGGGCACGUGGUCACCGAUCAUACUUGAGCAGAAUCUUUGAUAAGCACAUCAAUCCUCACAGUGAUGCUUUUUGUUUGUCUUUUUCACUCAUGUAAUAUUUUUGCUUCCACCCGUACAGUUUGUAGUUUGAGCUGGUGAUUUUUCUUUAUAUGCAUUUCUACCUCAUAUUGCUACAUAUUGUAAAUGUAGUAUGUAUGUCUUCUUUUUUUUAUUGUCAUACAUUGUGGAGAAAAAUAAAAAGACGGGAUAACAGCAACACAAAAAUAAUUUUUAAAAAUGUGCCCUUGAAAAUGAACAGUCUACCUCGUCAAGACUGUCUUUAUUGACACUAACUACUGCAAAUUACAGAGUGGAGGGAUUCAGGUGGGUAAACAAAGCUUAAUUGGUUUCAUACCGUACAAAAAUGUUAUGGACUGAAUGAUGUGUAUUAAUGGUAAAAAAUGACAACAACAACAAACAAACAAAAAAAAAACACAAAUGAAAUCUAAUGUGAAAUAUUGUCAUGUCAGUGUAAAUGGAUGUGCCAAUUGUACAGGGAGGGGCCGCUUUUGGACUUUUCUUCUCCAUGUAUAGUACAACGAACUUGCACAUAGCUGUACCUAUUGUACAUUUGCUUACAGCCUACAGUACACAAAAAGCACCACAUACAUGUUUAUACGUGUGUAUGUAUUGCCAUAGUACAGUGACUUUAAAUGUAUUUUAAUUUUAUCGAGGCUUUUGAAAUACUAAAUAAAAUGUCUCAUUUUUUCCUGAAUA